UGAUGCUAUUUAACACUCCUCUGUUUAUGAUAAAUCAUUUGACUCAGGGCUGUCAGGUGUUUGAUAGACUACUUGUGGAGAACGAGUGGAGUGCCUGGAACUUUGCGAUACGUUAGGUGAAGAUGGUUGUAGAGACAUUGGAAAAUGAUUGGCUAUAGACUUUUUAAUAAUCCGUUAUGAGGACACAACAAUCGGACAUCUCGAUCGUCAAACGUUACCAAUUCAAGUGAUGGAUAUAAACUUUUUACAAACAGCAAAGUAAUUGUCGAACAUCUAAACAGACAAAAUAUCGUCGCAUUUAAGAAACUUUGUGUCAAAACCCAAAGCCUUUCUUUAAGGACGCAACUUAUUAGGCUAACUGCAAGGCUUCAUUAUGAACGUUCUAGUUAUGUUUAAGGAGGUCAACCGCUUAUCAACACAAGCUAUACUACUGGCGUCUGUUACUGUACUGUUUACCAUUUACCUAUGGCGAUGCAUUCGGCCAUUCGGCAGUACUGGGACGUACACCAUCCGCCAGGACCCUUCCCGUGGCCGGUUAUCGGUAAUGCUGCACAGAUAGGCAACAUGCCUCACCUCUAUUUCUCUCGCAUGUCUCGGAUAUAUGGGAAUGUAUUUCAAAUCAAACUCGGCCUCCGGACCGUGGUGGUGCUGAACGGCGACGCAAUCAGACAGGCGCUCGUAAAGAAAGGAAAUGAUUUUGCGGGAAGACCAGACUUUACUUCUUUUAAAUACGUUUCGAAUGGCAAUAGUCUUGCUUUUAACACAUUCACUGAGUGGUGGAAAAUUCAUCGAAAAAUUGCUCAGUCAACUGUAAGGACGUUUUCUACUGGGAAUAUAAACACCAAAAAAGCGUUUGAGAACCACCUAAUUUGUGAGGUCAGGGAGCUGCUUCAGCUGUUCAUUAAAAAGACCGAAGAAGAAAAAUAUUUCCAACCUGCUGCAUAUCUAGUGGUCUCAACGGCCAACAUAAUGAGCGCGGUGUGCUUUGGAAAGAGAUACUCUUACGAUGACGCUGAGUUUCAGCAAGUGGUGGGACGAAAUGACCAAUUCUCCCAAACAGUGGGGGCUGGAAGCAUUGUGGACGUGAUGCCCUUCCUUCAAUAUUUUCCCAACCCAAUCAAAACAAUAUUUGAUAAUUUUAAGGCUCUAAAUCGGGAAUUCAGCAUUUUCAUCAUGGAGAAAGUAGUCGAUCACCGAAAGACAAUUGAUUUAAGCACAAUUCGGGACAUGACAGAUGCUUUCAUUCUGGCAUUUAAAAAUGUCAGCGGUAACACGAACGAAUUAUAUCCUCAUUGGAAGGACUACGUGUCUCCCACUAUAGGUGAUAUUUUUGGAGCAAGUCAAGACACACUGUCAACCGCACUUCAGUGGAUCGUCCUUAUUCUCGUGAGGUUUCCGGAAUUGCAGUUGCGUCUCCAGAAUGAAGUGCACGCUGUGGUGGAACGCAGUCGGCUGCCAGUCAUCGAGGACCAGGCUCAUUUGCCUUAUGUCAUGGCCUUUAUCUAUGAAGUAAUGCGCUUUACUAGCUUUAUGCCUCUCACCAUCCCCCACAGCACCACCACCGACACCUCCAUCAUGGACUACAACAUCCCCAAGGACACUGUGGUCUUCAUCAAUCAGUGGUCCAUCAACCAUGACCCAAACACAUGGGCCGAUCCAGAAACCUUUGACCCCCAGCGCUUCCUGGACCUGGAUGGGAACCUGAACAAGGACCUGACAAGCAGCGUGCUCAUCUUUUCAAUGGGCAAGAGACGGUGCAUCGGUGAGGAGCUGUCCAAGAUGCAGCUCUUCCUAUUCACAUCACUGCUGGUCCACCAGUGCCACUUCAGUGCAGACCCAGACAAGCCGGUGACCAUGGACAGCAUAUAUGGCCUGACCCUGAAGCCUCAACUCUACUCUGUGGCAGUGACGCUACGAGACAACAUGAAUCUUCUGGAUGAGGUCUGCAUAUAGCCCGUACGUAGAGGGCCAAGACAACAGAAGACUGCUUAACUCGUUACAAAAGACAAUACAAUUAAUGAAGGUUGAAGGACAAUGAAGUAGUCUUAUUAACUGCAGUUUCAUCCUUGAGUGCCAUCAGGUAGUUUAUAGUUAUGCUAAGUGAGCUCAUUAAGGAUAAGGACAAAUAUGCAAAGUCCAAAUGUGCUCAUAAAUGUAAUAAUGGACUCAAAUAACUCAGGUUAAA